AUGGCGCCGCCAUCUUUGCCUCCAUGCGUGGAGAGGCGUGGACGUGUGAUGCGCUAUUGCUCGCCGGCGUUCAGCCAAACUUCGUACCAGCCACAGACAAUCGUCAUCGGCAUUUCCGGCCUCGUCUUUAUCAUCCUCGGCAUGUCUAUCUUUUCUGCGAGAUGGCGCCGGAACCUGCCGAGCAGCAAAUCCACCACGCCCGAGCAGACGACGCCUGACGUGUUGACGGUCGACAUUGAUGACGUCUCGGCUGACCGCAAUGGAUUGUGGGUUGUGCACACGGAGGCGGGUGACGUCUGUGUCGUGUAUAGUCCGACGGGCCUUGCCGCGUAG